ACGAGUGGGCAGCUGGCUUCGUGUUUUCCGACUCCUCCCGUGUGAUGAAGUUGAGAUGGUGCGAGUGAGAGAGGAGCGCGCGCGCGCACACACGCGAGCGCAGUGGAGCCUCCGACAGCUGGAUGCCAAGAUGGGGAGAGCGGUGGAACGCCAACGUCGGAGCGUUUGAGCUGGAGAACAUCCUUUUCUCGCCAUGCUUGACUGGCUUUUUUAUUUUAUUUACAAAACGCUUUUUAAGUAAAGGCAACAGGGAUUCUUGCUCAACGUCUCGCAAUCGAAGCCUCCCCCCUGUGCAGGCUUCCUACGUAGACCUCGCCCGCCCACCGCGGCUCUCGAUUGCUGUCAUGUUGUAGUUUUUUUUCUUCUCCUUAAAAGUGUCCCGUUCUUGAUCUUUUUGGGGGUGGCGUGGGGGUGAAGUUCGGGCGAUGCUGUUAUGGCCGCCUCGGGUGCUGCAAAAUGUGCGAAGAGUGAGAAGUUGGACGAGGCGCAGAAUUUGGCCAAAAGCUGCGCGGGGAGACCAGACUUCCUGCCGUGUGACGGACUCUCCAUCUGCGCCACGCACAGCCACGGAAAGUGCUUCAAGCUGCACUGGUGCUGCCACCUGGGAUGGUGUCACUGCAAGUACGUGUACCAGCCCAUGACCAACGUGUGCCUGCUGCCCACCACGGCGGUGCCCCCCACCUCCACCGAGUACAGCAGCACCAUGGACCUGUCCGUUUUCCUGGCCGAGCGUUUCCUCAAGCUGGCUCCCUGCUUCCGCUCGCCUCCUCAUCUGGAGUCGCCUAAAUACUGCGUGAUCGCCGACCUCUUUGUGGACGAUUACGUGGUCAAGCGCAUCAACGGCAAGAUGUGCUACGUGCAGCGCCCGCUGCCUCCCGCGCCGCCCGAAGCGCCUCGACCCCCCGCUCCCCCGACACCCCCGCAGCGACCCGCCGUCAAGCCCGCGCCGGCACCGACCCCGGCCCAGCGUACGAAAGGCGAGCACAAAAAACACGCCUCCCCCUUAGACAAAGUCAAGGGUCCCAAAAUGGACCAGUGCUCGUCCCCGUCCAGCUCCGAAGACUCCGGCAUCAACGCGCUGGGCCUGCACUGCGUGGAAUCCUGCGAGGACGAAAGCGAGCGGGAGGACGACGAGCUGAGCACGGACGGAAACUCAAGUCCCGGAAGCCUGUGGGAUCAGGACGACGGCUCCCUGCUCUCUCCCUCCAAGUCGACGAUUGAGAUCAUCGAAAAGAUCGAAACAACUGUCUGACACGGUCCGAGGAUUUACCUCGGAUGAGCCUCGACGCUCAAACGGGGGCUUUGUCUUGUUUGUUUUCCUCUUCACACCUUCUCGUCACAUUCCCCGCAUGGAGUGAAUUUCCAACACUUUCUACCAAACCGGACACGAAGAUGAAGCACAAGCGUGUCAAGCACAAGCACCGGGGAUCCGUGAUGGAAAACGAGAAGGACAAAAGCAAAGGGAAAGAAAGUACAAAGAAGUUGUGGGACCACACUGAAAAGAAAAAACGAUUAGAAUGGUAGAUGGAUAAAGUCGGAUUUUUGAAGCUCUAUAAAUAUAUUUAUAUGUUAAAAAAAAAUAAAAAAAACAUCUGGUUGAGGAGAUUUGAGUGUGUAGUUCUUCCUCAGGGACACACGCAAAUCUAGGUGCAGGUCAGACUUUUAUGCUCCGAGUGAUCAGGCUUCGUUUUUCUAUUGACUCACGAUUAACAUCUUUUUAGUUUGGCAGAACAGAAAACAUAGAAAAACUAAUUGUGCUCUUAGUUAUAUAUUUUUUUGUUAUACAUUUUACUCUUUGUUGCUUUAGAAAAGCUUCUAACAUUGACUUUGCGUCAUAAUUUCAAAACUUUAUUCUCACAUGAUUGUAUUUUCUUUCCAGUCUGGUCCCCAUGCUCAUGAGACAUUGUAAGUUUUCCUUGAUGAAAAUGAGAACGUCGUCAGGUGUCCUUCCUCGUUUUCUAACCAAAGCUUUGGCUUGAUUCCACCCUCACAAAAGGUGAAAAAUAUUCUAAAGGACAAGGCUGAACCUUUUAAGCUGCGUUUGUGUGCACUUUACCGACGCCGACCCACUAACAACCAUUUAGCCAGAGAGGUCCGUGUUCGACAAUCAUGGAUUUUACACACAAGCACAUUCCUACGCCGUGCCUGCCAGUGAGGACCAAGGAUGUUCUCCUCAAAGACUCCCACCACCACCUUCAGUCCAGUUCAACUUGCUCACUUCGCAAAUUUAGGCUUUAAUCUAAACAGGACUUUUUAUGACCUCCACUAGCUACAAAGAAAUGCAGCGGCGCUGACUUGUCUCAGCGGGACUGGAGAGGAGCACUUCUUCAUACAUUUAGAAAGUUUUAUUAGAAUUGAACAUUGUCAUUUGCUUUAUGAGCUUUGGAGCGAAACUGUAUUGUGAGGAUUGUGGUCACGUCAUCCGGGGCGAAGCUAGGCUAGUGCUGACGUUACUUUGUGCUGUGGCGCCGUGCAAAUGUCAAUGGGUGCACAUUUUAAAAGAGAUGAAUAUGAUUCUAAAUAUGUUUAUGUGAUGCAUAGAAUGUUAGAGUUCAAUAUAUAACAAACAGCCCUUAUUCGUAAAAUAAAUACAAUUGGUAAAAAGUGAAAAGAUACCAAAAAAAAGAGGUAAAAUCGACCAGUCAUUUGAAAGAUUUUUUAGAAAAAUGGUGGUGUUCAAAAAUAUCAACUUGCAUGUCUACAUUUACCUGACCAAAAAAAAAAAAAAAAUCACUUAACAUACACUUUGUUUUAGUCACAAUGCUAAAGGGGCAAGCAAAGGUAACAUUCACAUAAAUUGGGUUUCUACCAGUGUCACAGUUGAAUGUAGUUUUAUGUUCUUAUAUUAUUUUCUUAUCAAUAAAUACUGACAAAACUA